AUGCCAGCGACGUACGAGAUCAGAUCUCAAGGGGAUGUAAAGAACAAGAAGCAGUCAAUGGCAGACUUGAAGUUGCGCCGGCUGAAUGAGCUCAACGCGCGGUUAAGAGAAGAUCUCGAGCGGCCUCGAAUCAAAGUCUCUGAAGCCUCCAUGUCACUGAUACAGUACUGCACCAACACAAAGGACUUCAUGGUCCCGUCUAUGUGGGGCUCGGUCGAAAAAGGUGGAGAUCCUUACGCGCCCCAGCAAUCAACCGGGUGUUGCACGUUUGCCCAGGAAUUGCUCUCAACAUUCUCAACUUCUCUUGGAGAGGUUUCCCUCAUUCCCUCAACAGGCGGCAUAUUCGUGAUUGAUCUGUAUUAUGGCGCAUUCUUCACAGGGGAAAAUGAGAUCGUAAAGGUCCUCAGCAUAUGGGACAGAAAAGUCGAUGGGGGUUUUCCAGAAGUCAAGGUUCUCAAGCAGCGCGUUCGUAACGUCAUAGAUCCAGGCAGAAAUCUGGGGCAUGUUGAUCGGCAUCAGAAAGAGGACAAGAGGAACCUUCCUGAAAACCAAGAACUUGCUGCGGUGGAGGGAGCCAGCGUCGCUACAGAAAACCAUGGGGGUGAAAGUAAAGAUUGUAUCGAGUGUGGCUGA